UAAAUCCGAGCAGAAUUCAACAAAAAGGAUUCCAGUAAAAUCCGGAAAUCUCCUACUGGAUUACAACUGGCCCCGGAUGAAAGCCGGACUGACUCGUUUCCCUCACCGGACUUCCUGCUACCAUUAUUAUUCUCCGGAUUCUGAAGGUCAAUUCAAGCUGAGGAAAUGUCCUUCAGGCCUGAUCUUCGAUUAUCUUACCCUCAACUGUGGAACGAAAACAUUUUCUCAAUGCUGGAGCAGUCAAUUUGAUCGUGAGGUCGAAAAGUAUUACAAGUGCCCCCGAUCUAGAGGAUUAUUCAUGUACUCUAAAGAUUGCUCAAAGUACCACAAGUGUAGGCAAAGGAUAUCAAAGCUCCGGUCGUGCAAGUUGGGAUAUUUAUUUGAUUCCAAAAGCUCCAAGUGUCUUCCCAAAGACGAAGUUGUAUGUGGACACCGUUACAAUCCGUAUGGUAUCUUCGGUACAUCAUCAGCCUUUUACGUCUUCAAUCGGGACACCAACAAGUGCCUCAAAAGCAACGGCGCCUUCCCGAAACCGGGGAGUCUCUGCAGGUCCUACUACUUGUGCAAAAAUUGGAUUCCAGUCGAAAAGACGUGCCCUAGAGACCAGCACUUCGUUCCAGCUAGAGGAAGAUGCGACUGGCGGGAGCUGUAUCCGUGUCUUGAAAAACCCAACAGGAGCGAAUGCAUUCGGCCGAACGGGAAUUUCUUGAAGCCGAACACCAAGUGCAAAGUCUAUUACCAAUGCUGCAACGGGAAUCCGACAGAGAGAAGAUGCGCAGGAGAUCUGCUUUUCAAUCCCGCCCUGGAGAAAUGUGAUUGGCCCGAAAUAUAUACUUGCGUUGAAAGCACAAGCACCACCAGAACAACUCGCAUUACUCGUACAACUCGUACUACACGAACUACUCGUACAACCCCCACAACUCGUACAACAACAACAACUACUACUACUGCUCCUCCCACGGCUCCUCCUACAACUACUACUCCCACAGAUCCUCCUACGAAUCCUCCUACAACUACUACUCCCACAGAUCCUCCUACAGCCCCUCCCACGACUACCACUCCUACAGCGCCUCCCACAACUACCACUCCCACAGCCCCUGCCACAACUACUACUCCCACAACUGCUCCUACAACUCCAACUCCAACAGCUCCUCCGACGACUACCACUCCAACAGAUCCUCCCACGACUCCCACUCCAACAGAUCCUCCCACGACUCCCACUCCAACAGAUCCUCCCACAACUCCCACUCCAACAGAUCCUCCCACAACUCCCACCCCUACAGCUCCUCCGACAACUGAGACCCCGACAGCUCCUCCUACAACUACCACUCCAACACAUCCUCCCACGACUCCCACUCCAACAGAUCCUCCCACGACUCCCACUCCAACAGAUCCUCCCACAACUCCCACCCCUACAGCUCCUCCGACAACUACCACUCCAAUAGAUCCUCCUACAACUACAACACCAACAGCUCCUCCGACAACUCCAUUAACUACCGCUCCCACAGCUGCUCCUACAACAACAACAACAACAACCGAGCCUUCAACAGCAAAAGAAACAAUUGAACCUUCAACGAAGGAAUGGGACGAAUCCGAACUCGUGUGCCCGGAGAAAAACGGUUGGUUUCCUCAUCCGUACGACAAGCACAAGUUCAUAGCCUGCAACAACGGCCACCUUUCCGUGCUGACUUGUCCCUCGAAUCUCAUCUACGAUCACGGCAGAAGGCAAUGUGUGUAUCCAAAAAAGAAAGAAUAGGUACAAGGUAAAAGAAAGAAAAAACAA